AUGGGAAUCUUCUUGUACCCAGCUCCUGGUCGACAGAGGAACCAGGCCCCAGCCAGUGGGCCGCAUCCUUGCCCACAAGACAAUCGCCCUUUUGGGUGGUAUGCUGAAGACCUCUUCGAGGUAGGCCAGGAGCUGGGGAUUAGAGGGAGCACCCUCAUCCACCUGUUUUUAGCGGGCCUGGAUGAGCCUGUCAACCGGGAGGAGCUGGGGGAGCUAGAUACGUGGUCCUAUUGGGAGAUGGUCGACCACGUCAUCUACUUGAAGGAGGUGGAGCUGCGAGAGGGUGCCCCCCUCCCAGUCUGGGCUGUUGCUCCAGAACCUCCUCGGAUCGGGCCAGCCACUUCCAGUGUCUCGGGGUCUUUCUUUGGGCGCCCCGGGCUGAGACGCAGCGUGGAGGAUCCUCCGCUGAUGUCGGUGAGGGGAGCGGCGGCACCCACUCACAAGGCUCCCGCGCCCGCUCACAAAGCUACCGAAGCAGGGAUAUCCGCGGAGCUUUUCUCUGAGGGGGCAGGGCUCAUCUCAGGCCUUCUCGAGGCGGCAGUGCCCGCUCACGAUCGAUGGGCGUCUGCUUUUACAAACUGCGAAGAAAGCACAGUUUAUGGUACUGCUUAUAAGGCACUUCUUGAACAUCUCGGCUUGAACAAGACUGACGUUCCAAAAAUCCACCUACAGCCCUACUUCAUGGACCCUCCUGAUGAAGUUUAUGUGGACCUGUAUGUGACAUCCAUCAUAGAUGUGAAUGAAAAAGCCCAGAGCCUCUCAACGCAGGUCAAAAUGAUGACUGCUUGGUUCAAUAACAUGGGGUGGCAAUACGAUCAGUUUUGUGGAAUUGAGGGAAUUCCAGCAAAAAAAGAUAUGUUUUGGACUCCAGACAUUAUUAUCAAAGAAAGCAUCAAAACAGAUUUUGGAACAAAGGAGUCUCCAUAUAUACAGCUACUCUGGUGGGAACUGUCAGUCUCAGUUGAUAUUUUAGCUCUGACCACCGCUUGUAAGAUGGACCUCUACAGAUUUCCCUUCGACACCCAAAUCUGCAAAAUAACACUUCACUCUGCAGUGCUUACAAUUGAAGAGCUUACCAUCGAUCCAUUCUCUGAUAAUAAAAACAUUACGCAAGAAUCCAAGGAGUUCUUUCAGGCCCAGGGAGAGUGGGAACUCCUCAGUAUAGAUGCUUCUAAAUCUAAUGCCACUCUUCUAGAUGAUUUACAGGAUCUUCUGAUAUACAAGAUCACCAUCAAGAGAAGACCUCUACUAUAUGUCAUAAACAUUAUAAUACCAGUAUUUUUCUUCCUUGUGCUGGAUGUAAUGUCCUUCUUCAUUGAUGCAAGUGGAGCAGACAAGCUGAGCUUUAAAGUGACUUUACUGCUGUCUAUUUCUGUUCUGUUGCUGAUUCUUAAUGACACGCUGCCCUCUACAGCUGAUAAAAUCCCACUGAUUGGCAUUUACUGCAGUGUGAUUUUCAGUCUCAUUGGUAUCAGCAUUCUGGAGACCAUCCUUGUGAGUUUUCUGUUGACUAAAGGAGCAGAGAAAAGAUCAGUGGAAACAACAGCUGCUACUAGUGCUGGAGAUGAUGUUGUAAGAGACCUUCAGAGCCCUUCAGACACAGUCAGAGUUCAGAAUGGCGUGCAGAGAUCUCUGUGCUGGACCAGAGCGGCAAGAAUCAUAGAUGUGACCUUCUUGGUUCUUUAUACAAUCACUAUUAUUGUGUUUCUGACCAUGCUUGGGAAGAGUUGGAUUUCAUACUGAUGUCUCAUAUACAUGAAAUGCCACACAAUACUAAUUGUUAUUUAGAGUUUGUACAUAGUUUAUACAGACAUUAAUAAAAAAUUUAAAAACAUCAUAUUAUAAUUAAUUGGAAAGAUGUCAUGUAUAUCAUUAUGGAUAUUUGAUUAUUCUUGUAUUCCCUUACACGUCAGUAAUUCAUUUAUUAUGCUGGCUGGUUUGUGGUGUCUGGUCAUAGUCAGAGGAUGCAGGGUUAACUAAUACCUUUAAGUUCAUCCGUCAACUGCUUGAUCGAAACAAAAAAUGUAGCUUGCUUAGCCACGUUAAUACAACUUUUUAAGUCAAUGUGGGGAAUAAAUUGUAUUAUUUUAUCGAAUAAAUCAUUACACUCUAUUGAGGAGAAGUUGGAAGA